AUGGGCCUGUGGCGCAUCCUGCUGGUGGUGGUGUUCUCGGGGGCGGCUCGGGUCCUCGGCGGGCCGACCCACCAGCCGCCCCCGGCCGGCAACUCGCUCGGCGACGACAACCUCGUGGGCGGCGCGGAUACCGACUGCCUGCUGCGCAAGGACUCGCCCGCCUGCCUCAGGCGCAAGCUCUUCUCGCUGGUGGACCGCGCGCUCCUGUCCCAGGACUCCCUGCGGCUGGCGGAGGGCGUGACCGUGGUGCGCACCGCCGAAGGGUCCUUCUCCCGGGACGGCGCCCCCCGAGGCCGCCUGGGGCUCGACGAGAUGCUGGCGUCCAGGCUCGAGGACUUCCUGGCCACGCACUCGCUGCGGGUCGACGUGAAGGGCAGCGACGUGCUGGGAGCCGCGGCGUCCGUCGGCCGAGCGCUCGAGCAGGAGGCCAGCAGCGUAGGAGAGGAGCGCGGCAAAAAGAAGAAGGCGCAGAAGAUCCUGCUGCCCCUGCUGCUGGCCCUGAAGCUGAAGGCGGCAGCGCUGAUCCCGCUGGCGCUCGGAGCUAUCGCGCUCAUCGCCGGCAAGGCGCUGCUCGUGGGCAAGAUAGCGCUGGUGCUCGCCGCCAUCAUCGGCCUCAAGAAGCUGCUGUCGCAGCAGCAGAAGACCGUCACCUACGAGAUCGUCAGCCACCCGCACCACUCGAGCAGCCACGAGGGCUACUCCUCCGGCGGCGGCGGCGGCGGGUUCAGCAGCUCCGACGUGGGCGGCGGUUACGGAGGCGGCGGCGGCGGCGGCGGCUGGGGCCGGAGCGCCGCCGCCGCCGCCGCCUCCCCCGCCCCCGGGGACGCGCACGGCAUGGCGUACCGCGCCUACGCGCCGCAGCCCUGA